AUGGCUUCCACAAACCGUAAUCGCCCCGAAAAGGGAACCGAUGUGUAUGAGGAAAUAGUCGCGACUCUUCCUAAAGAAAAAGGAUGGAUUUUUCAAAGUAUUGUUAAGUACAAUGACACUUGGUUCAACCCCAAUGUUAUUAAGGGUGUACUGUUAGCACAAGACCAAUUCUUGGCUCAUCCCACCGAUAAUUUAUUGCUACUUUCCCUAAAUGUGGAGAAUGAUACACCAAAGCUUGACAUAUCCUCUUCACCUAGAGUUUUCUCCAUUCACACCCCUUAUCCACAUUUACCCGAGUCGAAGGUGAGGUCUAAAGAUCUACCAGAACUUACCCUUGAAGAUUGUUUUAGCAUGUUCUGUGAAGGGAUCUAUCAGUUUGGUCCAUACUGGGAUCAUGUCCUAGGGUUCUGGAAUGCAAGCAUGGAGUCUCCUCAGAAGAUUAUAAUGGAUGUAUCAAAUGGUGGUUCUAACGCGCCUGCUCCUUUUCUGGUUAAGACGUAUGACAUGGUAGACGAUCCUUUGACGGAUCCUGUUGUUUCUUGGAGCCAUACAGGGCAUAGUUUCGUUGUGUGGAAUCCACCGGAGUUUGCUCGUGAUUUGUUGCCUAAGUAUUUCAAGCACAAUAAUUUCUCCAGCUUCAUUAGGCAGCUCAAUACAUAUGGUUUUCGAAAGGUUGAUCCUGAUCAAUGGGAGUUUGCAAAUGAAGAAUUUAUUCGUGGACAGAGACAUCUUUUAAAAAAUAUACACCGGCGUAAGCCAAUACAUAGCCAUUCAGGUCAAGGAAAUGCAGCUCCAUUAACUGAUGUAGAAAGAGAGGAGCUUGAAAAGGAGAUUGACAAGCUAAAACGCGAAAAGGUUUUGCUUGAGUCGGAGGUUGAGAGGCGUGCACUGGAGAAUCGGGAGUAUGAAUAUGAAAUUAGAUCAUUAGGGGAAAAGUUGCAAAAUAUUGAUCACAGGCAGCGCCAGUUAAUGACAACCUUGGCUCAGUUGUUGCAAAAACCUAGAUAUGUCUCUAAUCUCAUGGAACAGUUGGAGUCGAAUAAUAAAAAGAGAAGGUUAUUGGCUUUGAAUUAUUUGCAUGAUGAAGCCGCCCGAGGAGAUAGCCAAAUGAUGACUUUCCAAGCAGAGAAUCCAAGAACUUCAUCUCUUCCAUUGUUGAACUCAGAAUUAGUUGACCAGUUGGAUUCCUCCCUAAAUUUUUGGGACAAGUUUGUUCAUGAGAUCGAUCAAAUUCCAUCUGAAGAUUUUCACGAUUUUAGCGUGCUCCCCCAGCCUUCGCCAGUCACUAUUACAGAAAUGCCACUAUCAGCCGGAGAAUCGGAUUUAAUUGGCCUAACUUGCUCACCGAAGUGUCAUAUAUCCUCGUCUCCUUCGAGAGAUCUUCAUUCUUCCCCCGAGCUGGCUGCAUGUUCUACUUGUGUUGACAGCCUUGCAAUAUCAUCCAUUUGCAUUGCACCAUCGGGAAUUGAUGUGAAUACGAGCCCAGCUAAUGGUCAUGAUAUUGAUAUGUCAAAAGACCUAAAACCAGAUGGAACGGUUCCCUCAGUGUCAGCUGGGCCUAAUGAUGUCUUUUGGCAACAGUUUCUUGUGGAGGCUCCUGGUUCGUCUGGGACACAGGCAGUACAGUCAGAAAGAAGAGAUUUAGACGAUAGGAAGGAUCCUAGUGGGUCAUUAGAAGCCCACAGAACUUGGUGGAAUGUAGAGAAGCUUUCCCCACAGAUGGAACAUUUUGCUUGA